GGAUACAAAAACCGAUGUCAUCGUGGUGCUGCGGCUCUUUGCGAAGCAAAAAAUGUCUGCCUAGGGGAAACUCGUAACUGGUAUAUAGAGGCUCUUUCCCCGACGUUGUCAUUCAAACCCUUCGUUCCGCUGUUCGGUGGCGUGUUGCCAGACCGUGGGUCGUCACCAGAUCGCCCUAGUCGGGCUUUUUAAUCGGGGGACGAAGGUCUCCAGGUCGCCAGGAUGAAUCCUCAGCAGCGGAUUGCCGCUCUUGGAACGGACAAGGAACUAAGUGACCUGCUGGAUUUUAGUGCGAUGUUUUCUCCACCUGUAACUGGAGGGAAAAACAGGCCCACCACACUUGGAAGCAGUCAGUUCAGUGCAUCAGGUGUGGAUGAGCGGACCAACCAAGCAUCUUGGGCCCCAGGUGGCGAGUCCAGUCCUUCCUACGAGACCGCCCGGGGUUUCGCAGGCAGCCCUCAUUACGGCGAUCAUUUGAGUGACAGUCGAUUAGUGUCCCAUGAAGGAUUGUCUCCAACACCUUUUAUGAACUCGAACGUAAUGGGUAAAUCAGAGAGGGCUUCAUUUCUUGGCUAUGGGAGGGAACCUGCAGCAUCUGGCGGCCAGUCUUCUCUAAGGUCGGACAUUGUGUUGGCGAGUCCUAGUUCAGUGGCUACGUCGGGGAAGUCAACUGCUCCGUUCUACUCCUUCACUGCCGCCAAUCCCAGAAAACGUUCUGUACAAAAUCCUCCGGCCAUUGAUCCUCUACAAACAAAAAAGGUUCGCAAGGUCCCUCCUGGCCUGCCUUCAUCUGUGUACGCACCAUCUCCAAACUCAGAGGACUUCAACAGAGAUUCACCUUCUUACUCUUCUCCUAAACCCUCCAGCAGUAUGUUCGCAAGCACUUUCUUCGAUGGUACCCACAGUUCGUCUGACCCGUGGAACUCGUCCAAUGGGAUCAGCCAGUCUGGCUACGGGGGAAUGCUCGCCGGAUCGUCUCACAUGCCACAGGCAGGAAACUACAGCAACCUGCACUCACACGACCGUUUGAAUUACCCCGCACACUCAGUCUCUCCAGAAAUCAACGCCAGUCUUCCUCCCAUGUCCAGCUUCCACCGAAGCAACACCAGCACUUCACCAUUCGCCGCCGCAGCGCACACCGCAUCCGUCAACACAGCCGACGGGGUCCUGGCCGCUGCAAAUCGGGGGAACGCCAGUGGAAGCUCACAGACUGGAGAUGCGCUGGGCAAGGCUUUGGCCUCGAUUUACUCACCUGACCACACUAGCAGUAGUUUUCCAUCCAACCCGUCAACACCUGUGGGUUCUCCUUCACCUCUGACAGCCACGGCAGGCGCUGCCUCAGCCAGGACCGUGGUGACUGCUGUUGGCAACCCAGCUGCAAGGCCAGGUCCCAACCAGUGGCCCCGUGCUGGUGGACAGACCCCCUCCUCUCCGAAUUAUGAGAACUCCCUUCACUCACUGAAAAACAGAGUUCAUCAGCAGUUGCAUGAGCAUCUCCAGGAUGCCAUGUCUUUCUUAAAGGAUGUCUGCGAGUCUCGAAUGGAGGAUCGUCUGGACAGAUUGGAUGAUGCAAUCCUUGUUCUGAGGAACCAUGCGGUGGGCUCCACUACCAGUCUGCCCAGCGACAUACACAGUCUGCUGGGACAGGCACAAAAUGGGCCAAUAGCAGCCAUUGGAGCGAACUUCACCGCCUCUGCAAGUCGGACAGCGGCGAUGCAGGGUGGUGCCCACGCUGACGAUGCUGCCAGCCUGAACCACAGCCAUGGAGGCCUGCCCAGCGCCAGCUCCAUGUCCAACGCAGAACUCAACCACCAAGUGGAAACAUUGAGAGCUCUUACUUCAAGCCUGGCUGCCCAGUUGCCUGCCGACCUGGAGCUGAAGGUGGAGAAACAAGACAAGGACGAAAUGCACGGCAGCCUCUCCACGGAUGACAAGUCCGAUGACGAGAGCGACAGAAGAGAUAUGAAGACACCCAGAGGAGGCACAAGUAUCACUGAAGAUGAAGAUCUGAAUCCGGAGCAGAAGGCGGAACGUGAGCGCGAGAGGAGGAGCGCUAACAACGCCCGCGAACGCCUGAGGGUGCGAGACAUCAAUGAGGCCUUCAAGGAGCUGGGUCGCAUGUGCCAGCUGCACCUGAAGAGCGAGAAGCCCCAGACCAAACUGCUCAUCCUCCAUCAGGCUGUGGCCGUCAUACUUAGCCUGGAGCAACAAGUCAGAGAGCGGAAUUUGAACCCCAAAGCGGCCUGCCUUAAGAGGAGGGAGGAGGAGAAAGUGUCUGGGGGCUCCGGUGACCCCCAACAGGGCCACACAGGGGUCCACCCAGGCCUGACCGACACAUCCAACCCCAUGGGCCACCUCUGAGUAGCAGACAGAUCAAAGUGAUCCAGAUCAUUUCUGUCCCGUUUCGAGUCGGUGACCUCGCUUCCCUGUGACAGACGGGACUCAGAGUCACAGUUUGUGACACCAAUUGGAGGAGACGGACCAUUCGUAGCAAAACCACAAGACUAACGCGAUCCAGUCCUAAGACUGAGGAAGAACCAAGCGUCCAGCUCCCUGUGACCAGUUUCCAUUCACAAAUUUCUCCCCACAACGAAAAAUCUCCAGCACAUAUCACUGUCUGCAAGAAGUGUGUUUCUUCUGAACAAUCAGAGACUCGCAAUCUCCUCAAACCGUAUGCGGAGGUUGCCUCGUGCCUAAACUGAAUUGACGAAUGCAUUGUAACAGCAAUUGUUUUUGUUUGUCUGUUUCUUUUUUUUCUAUUUAUUAUGUUACUGAGCUAUAAGGUGUAUGUCUAAAGGGAAGGUUAAGAAAACUCAAAGAGAGGUAUGCAGCUUUUCAGUUCAUCUAUAGUUUGCCAGUGUCACCAGUAAAACUGAGCACUCCACCCUGCAAAAUCUUUGGCGAGUCCGGGAUGAGGGGAAAAUAUUUGGGCACUUACAAGAUUUAAAUUAAUUUAUUGGCCAGUUUAGAGUAAUAUUUAUACCCAUCUGAAAAUGAUCCUUAACUUUUAGAACGGAGAGACUAAAGCGCCCCAUUGUGUUUUAAAAAAAGAGAAUAUAUUAUUUAUAUUUAUAUUUUAUUCCUUCUGCCACUGGCCACAUCUGCAACCAAAACUACCUGUUUGUUUCUGCAUAGUUUAGAUGAGUUUCCUCGCUAUUGACCAGUGGAAUAAUAGGCCCGACUACAUAGUCAUUAACUAUAUUGUAUACCUAGGUGACAGACAAGUGGCAAACUCUAGUUUUACUGAAAGCUCAGAUUUAGUUGUGUUCAUUUUUUUUUCCUCGGUAGUGAGCAGUGAAAAUACAGAGCAAACUAUUUGCAAAUGUUAGCAUUCCCUGCAUAAUGUUAGUGUCUUAACUAAAGGCAAAGUGGUCUUCGCUGCCCUUCACUUCCUUUGUGUUAAAUGUAAGCAGUGACAUAUCUUCUCAGAUCCUUGUCUUUGAUAGUUACUCACUCCUGACGUCAGCACAGAAGGGGCUUGUUUCUUUCUUGUUCUUUUUUUUUUCUUUCAACAUUUUUUCCACCACCAGCUAAUUAAAGAUUGCUAAAUGAAGAAGUAGAUUUAACGACGACCAUACUUUCUCCUGGCCUGAUGACGAUACCACUUUUUCAGUUUUCUUUCAGCUAGAAAAAAAAAAAAAAGUUACUCAGAGUACAAUUUAGUUAUGCUUAUUUGUGUUGUAACAAGUCCUUUCUUCAGGCUUCCAGCAUUAUAAUGCCAGUUUGAGUCAGCAGAGAGAGCUUUUAAGUUAUUUUUCAAUGUUUUGAUCCAAGCCGUAUUAUACUCAAUACAGUAAGCCAGAUUAGAUAUGUCAUGGGUUUUGUUGAAUAUCGUAGUGUAGCACAAUAUUGAACAAAAACAGUUAUCAGGAUUUUUUUUUGUGUUUCAAGACAUUGGUCAUGGCUUUAUUUUGUUUUCCCUAUCAGUGUGCAUGCUUUACGUUUCUUAGGUCUUUGGUCUCAAGACUUGCUUUAUAUUCCAUUUAUUUCUAUGUAUAUUGUCUUCUAUCAUUAACAUUUUCUACACCUGCCACAUUCAGAAUAAGUGUUCUGUACAAAAAGGGACUUAAAUUACAAUAGAAAAUGCCUCACCAAGAGUUUACAUGAAAGAUUUAUGAUUUAACAACAUUGUUGAAACAAACCUGAACAGAUUUUAUGUAUCAUCUGACUGAAUGUGGCCUUGUUCUUCAUUUCAGUUUUCAAAAGCUUGAAACCAUGUCAGCAGACCUUAUUGAGGGUACAAUGUAUGUCGCUUCCUGCUCUUUCCUUUGUUUUUAAUUUUGUAUUUCCUGUUCUUCCUCUAUUUCUUUGCCCCUGUUUUGCCAAGUUAGACUUUGCUUUAUUCCCAGAUGUUUUCCCUUGUAUAAUAUAUAAAAAAGAAAAGAAAAAAGAAAAAACAACAACAAAAAAACAUUUGGCUUAUUUUUCACUGUAGUUAGUCUUUUAUACAAUAAUACUGUAAGAAUAUUUCUUGAAUUCUAAAUAUUACUCUUUCUAGAUUUUUGAAAGCGAAAGUUUUGAGUAAAAAGUUUCUUACUUUAUUUUACUAUAUUAGAUAGUAAAAUGUACGGUUAUUUACCAUAACCUGUCCAUUAUUACAAGAAAUCUACAAAGAACAUAGCUGAAUUGUUGCUCGUAGUCUAGUUCUUCAAAAGGCUUCAUGCAAGCUCCAGAUUCCUUAAAGUGCGACCUCCAUCUUAUUCUUCAGUCUCCGUUGUUGAUUGAUAAAAAGAUUUGUUCUUGUGUCAAAUGAAAAGGUAUUGUCGAUGCGCAUCAAAAAACUGCGGCAACAGAAAAUUUGAAUUGUAUGUCUUUUUCAACAGAAAAACAAUGUAUAUAACAUUUAUGUUGCAAUAAAUGUGCCAUCUUUUUUAAAAA